CAGGGAAGGAGGAAGGCGAAGACGCAUAGGCAGAGAAUGAUGCGCCAGUUAUUCCGGGGAUAUGUUCCACCCCACUGCAGAGCAAAGAGGAGAGAAAUAAUCAGGGGCAUCAGGAUAGCCAGUUGCUCAGGGAACACUUCGAUGCAGCCAACCGUGUCAGUGCACCCAGAUGUAUGGUUUCCAUGGACAGAGCGCCCCGCUUUACCGGAUAUUCAGAAAUGUUCAAAACAACGAGGGACUGGUUUUUAUCCAAGAUUAACCCGGAUGUCACACAGUCAUCAAAUCAUGGAUUCGGUCUUUGCGCAUAGUGCAGAGCAGCAUGAGGACUUUGAGUUUUGGCAGCAGCUGGAGAAAUUGACGUAUGGAUUUGCUCCUUAGCUGUAAGAGAUUUCAAGGAGUUGAAUAUAAUUUACUUCUAUACAUGAUCUGUAGAU